AUGUCGGGAUAUCACAGCGGCAGUUGGAGCCAGGUCGACAUGCAGCGGGCGCUGCAAGAAUCGAUGGAGACAAGCUCGAUACGGCUUGGGACCCCCCUCACGACUCAAACGCUGCGGGAAAUGGGCGUCUACUUCGAGCGGCAGGAUCCCGGCUCGGACACGUGCGGGCAGAACGCUCUGAACAACCUCUGCCAACGACCGAUGUUUUCGAUUGAGGAGCUCCAACAGGCGGAGGCGUCGCAUGCGCAGGCCACUGAGGGUGGCAGCUUUGCGCAGAUACCAUCCCUGAACGAAGUGCCGAGCGGCUUCUUCGACGUCGAGGCUCUGAAAAUCGCGGCAGCCGCCAAAGACCUGGAGAUCGUCGACGUGGAGCCGGUGCCGGAGUACAGGAGUAGCCGAUGCUUUGCCUUUGCCGAGGCCUCCCAGGGCAGCCUGGAUGGCUCCUUCCUCCUCGGCUUCCUGGUCUAUGAUCGCCAGCCCGGGCAGAUGCACUACUAUGCCUUGCGACGGCACCACAACCUCCCAGGAAUGUGGCUGAAGCUUGACUCGCAGCUGCCGAGCUCAGCAGAGACUGCCCGCAAUGCGCUUCUCCGCGAUGCCGAGAUUUGGGAGAUCUACACGCAGAGCAAGGCGCUUUUCAGCUCCUGGCUUCUGCGCUGGUACCCGGUGGUCUUCCGGCCAGGAGCUGUUCGUGAGGUCUCCAAAGUCAUGGAGCGGCGCGGCUACGGCAUCUCCGCGGCGCGUGCGAAGCGCGUGCUGAUGGAGAGCGGUUGGCUCGUCUCCGCUGCCGUGCGGUCCCAUAUCGUCGACUUUUGA